AUGGAUGAAAAUAUAUUAAUUUUUAAACCACAAGUUUAUAAAAUAGAUUCUUCGUUCUUUGAAGAAUUGUAUCAUAUAAAACUCAAAAAGCUUAAACAAGGACUAAAUAAUUUGUCAAUAAAGUCACUAGUAACAGUAGACGGGACGUUUUUGAUAGAUAAAUACUCAUUUGACUUAAAUCACUGCAGAUUUGGGGAGAGGCCGGAACAACCACUGGCUGAAUUCGUGAGAUACACCCUUGAAAAGGAAUUAUUAGAUAAAAAUUCAGAAAAUGUAUAUAAAAAUGAUGGUUGUACUUGUAGAUUUGUACAAGGAACUUUGGUAGUAUUUGAUUCACUGUUAGAAUUGAGAAAAUAUGAUAAAAAGGCCUUUAUUUCGAGCCAUUUUGACCUGGAAUGUACGACACCAGAUAAACCACUAAUAUCUUCACACAUUUUCAAAAAAUUAAGUUCUGGGUUUGAAGAAUACUACUACAAAGUUAACCAUUUCUUUAUAUUCUGCUUCAUGGAUUUAAAAAGCCGUUCAGGGUACUACUACAUAGCUGACCCAGUGGUUACUACCAAGAGCCCAUUCGCAUACUCUUACCUAGGUGUAGUAAACAAUACGACAUAUAUGCAAAGUUACAACAACUUUAAGUUAUCAGAUCUUAACGCGAUUCUAAUACAUUUCAAGUCAAACACACUUGGAGACCUUUUCUUCAUCUACAGUAGACUCCAUAGCAGAGUAUUCAGAACUAAAGAUUUCCUGUACGACGGUGUUAAUGUGAGUUUAAACGGAGAGGGUGUUCCAUUGGAAUCGGUAUAUAUAUGCUCAUAUUCAUGUUUUAACGGAGGUAAGGACCUGCCCAAGUUUUGGCGUAACUUUUUGCUCUCUUUUUGUAUUGAAAACCGAAUUUUCGGAGAAAAUUUAAACUUGGUUAUAGUGAAUUCAAAGCUCUUUGAAACAGAUGAAAUAUAUUCACAAGCAUUUGUAUACUGUAUUAAGACACCGUCAGAGGAUGAGUUUAGGGAUUUGUCAAUAGUUUACGGUUUCAGACAUCAUAUAUCCAAGGAAACUUUGAGUUACGAGUACUACUACUCAUUUAUGGAUCAUGUGGAUAACGAAAAGUUAAAUUUGGAGUUAAUAACCUGGAGAAUAUUGCCAGAGCUAAAUUUAGAUAAAAUAUUAAACCUGAAAGUAUGUAUCAUAGGAUUGGGAACACUAGGAUGUAGUCUAGUUCGACAGCUUUUGGCUUGGGGUGUAGAGACUUUUGUACUGGUCGAUAGUGGUUUUGUGACAAACUCUACUAGACAGUCUUUAUAUACUCAUAAAUACUGUUUCAACAAUACACCGAAGGUGGACGCUGCUGAAAAAAUGAUUUUUAAGAUUAAGCCGGAUUGCAAACUGACAAUUGUUAACACAGAAAUACCGAUGAUAGGUCACAGUUAUUGUGAAAAUUUUUUAAAUGAACAGCUUAAAAACACAAAGGCAAUUGUCGCAUCAUCAGAUGUCAUUGUUCUGGCAACUGAUUCAAAAGAGUCAAGAUGGCUCCCAUCACUCAUCGCUUCACAAAUGAACAUGAAAGGUGAAAAAUGUCCACUGGUGGUAUCAGCAGGGCUUGGAUUUGACUCAUUUAUGAUAGUAAGGCACAGUUAUAAGGAUUUUAAAGGCUCCUGUUACUUCUGCAGUGAGUCCCAGGCACCUAGAGAUACUAUUACAGGAAGGCCAUUUGAUGAAACAUGUACAGUAGUAAAGGCCGGGAUAACAGAUAUAUGUGCUUCAAUGGUAGUAGAGUUAAUAGUUUCGUUAACUCAGCAUGAAAAGAUGUUUGCGGCAGAUCAUGGAGAUAAAACGUGCAUUGGAAAAACUCCGCACUCAAUAAGGUUCUCACUCUCAGACUACAAGUGCUCAGAACUUUAUGCAGAACCUUCAGAAAUGUGUAUUUGCUGUUCAGAAAAUGUACUAAAUAAGCUUAAAACAGAUGAAGAUAUCAUUGAGGUGUUUAAAGACCCAACGAUUCUAAUGAAGUACUCAAAACUCGAAUCAUUCAUAGAUCAACUGUCAGAUUAUAAAAUAAACGAAGAGAAAGAAGAAGGCUAUGUAGUUUUGUAA